GCCUGCCGCCACGUCGCUCGACCCUUUGUCGGCCCUGUCCAACUUCGAGCGCAUUGUUCUUGCGAUUCGACCGAUAGCGACGGCCCCCGCCUGCUGAGUGACGCGCCGGGCGCCUCGUCUCCUCGGCGCUCACCAUGGCGGGGUUCUUCCAGAAACUUAAAGGGACGGGAUCUGGUGUCUCAAAACCCGAUAGCAACACGUCCGCCAAGAACAAGAAGGACGAGCCGCAGCAGGAUUUGACUCCGCUCGAGAAGUUGUUGCACAAUGCAGGUCCCAUUCGGGAAGACGGCAGCGACAAAUUUUUUGGUCUGGAGAAUUUCGGGAAUACAUGGUAGGUGUAAAUACGUGCAGAACCAACUCCGCAUUGCACGUGGUCGGGAUGCUGAUUGCAGCCUUUGCAGUUACUGCAACUCAAUUGUCCAAGCGUUGUACCAUUCAGAACACUUCCGUAAGAAUGUCGUCAGCUACCCCCCACCCUCCCCGUGGGACAAGCCGAACGGAGUCGAGAGGAAGGUCAAUGUCACAAUUCGACCUCCAGUCCAAGCAAGUGGGAGUGCUGCAGGUCAGGCCAAACCAGGGCAGCCAUCCAAGCCGCGGUCAUCGUUCAGCGGCGGGCAGCUAGCUCCCAGUGUAACGCCCAUGCGGCCCGAGGACAAGCCUGACUCGCCAGAGUACAAGAAGAAGCAGGCCAUGAUAAGGGGCCCGGUACUAGACCUGGCUCAGGAGAACACAGACCCAUAUGGCAUGGAAGAGUGUACCUUCACGGGCCUCAAAGACAUCUUUACAGCCCUGAUCGAGAGCCAGUCCAGGACCGGUGUGCUAAGCCCCCGGAGGUUCCUGGACAUAUUCAAGCGCAACAACGAGAUGUUCCGCAACUCGAUGCACCAGGACGCCCACGAGUUCUACGGCAUUGUACUCAACGACGUGAUCGCCAACGUGGAGGCCAACGGCAGGCGGAUGCAAGAGGUGGCAGCGAGCAGAAAGCAGGGCGAUCCCUCACAGGCUUCCGGGCCAGCGCUGUCGACGAACGAAGCAGCUCUUACGACGAAGUCGCCGGGGACCGGCUGGGUGCACGACAUUUUCGAGGGGGUGCUGACCUCGGAGACCAGGUGCUUGACCUGUGAGACGGCAUCUCAGCGGGACGAGACGUUUCUGGAUUUAUCCAUUGACCUGGAGGAGCACUCAUCCGUCACGGCGUGUCUGCAGCAGUUCUCUGCCGAGGAGAUGCUGUGCGAGAGGAACAAGUUCCACUGCGACCACUGCGGCGGCUUGCAGGAAGCCGAGAAGCGGAUGAAGGUCAAGAAGCUCCCCAAGGUCCUGGCGCUACACCUGAAACGGUUCAAAUACACCGAGGACUAUAGCCGCCUGCAGAAACUCUUCCACCGAGUAGUCUAUCCUUACCACCUCCGCCUGUUCAACACCACCGACGAUGCCGAGGAUCCCGACAGGAUGUACGAGCUUUAUGCCGUGGUUGUGCACAUCGGAGGCAACGCGUACCACGGGCACUACGUCGCUGUCAUCAAGACAAAAGAUCGUGGCUGGCUGCUCUUUGACGACGAGAUGGUGGAGCCAGUGGACAAGAGCUUCGUGCAGAACUUCUUCGGGGACAAGCCCGGAAUGGCUUGUGCUUACGUGCUGUUCUACCAGGAGACGACCUUUGAAAAGGUGCGGGAAGAGCUCGAUGCCGAGGGCCUGGACCAGGUGAAGCUGGCCAACCAAACAGCGGAUCUUGCAGCGACCGCCGAUCAUGUCAACGGAGCAAGUCCGUCUGCCCUCUCCAAGCUCAACUCACAACCUUUGCCCCCCGUUGAGGAGCAUGUCACACUAGCCGCCCUGGAACAAACAAAGUCGGCGCCGACCGAGAUCGACGUUGUCAGCCCCAUGGACCAACUGCCCCCACCGCUCUCCCAAUCCGGUGCCCACCCGCUGGUUGCGGCGCCGCCACCUCCUCCCGCAGUUAUGACGAAGUCAGACGAAGCCGCCGCCGUCCCACCGAAGUCAAAGGAAGAAAUGGCCAGAGAAAAGAAGGAGCUCAAAGCCCGAGAGAAGGCCGAAGAGAAGGCCCGGAAAGCGGCGGAAAAGGAGCAAGCUCGAAUUGCGAUGAAGGAGCGUCAGGAGCAGCUGCAGAGGAUACGCGAACUUGCGCGUCUAGAGCGUGAGCAACUGCAGAAGGCCAUCCAGGAGAGCAAGCAGACGGCGGCGGAAGAAGGAAAGCGGCAGAAGAAAGAGGCGGCGGCGGCGGCAGCAGCAGCAGAUGCAAGUUCCUCCUCCGAAGGUGGAGCGAACGGGUUUCUCAACCGUGCGGGUCGGACGCGCAAGUCGAUGACGCGCAAGAGCUUCGCCUUCUUGCACCUCGGGCUGAACAGCAAGGACGAGCAAAAAGGCGAUUCCCAGGCUGACAGAGCGGACCGCAGCGAGGCGAGCGACGACAGGAGCGACAGGGGCGACAGGGGCGAAACCAGCGCCGCUGGCGAAGGCGGCCACCCGUCACAGCAGAACGGCGUCAGUGGUGGUAAACAAGGCAGCCACUCAUCCCUCACCGCGCGGCCGCUGCCGCGGUCCGAACCGGCACCUGGUGCGGUCGAUCAGCUGCGCAAUGACAAGGACAAGGAUAAGGACAAGGAGAAGGACAAAGAGAAGGAGAAGCCGCCGCUAAAGGAGAGGCUCAGUUUUGGGUUGGGAAGGAAAAAGAGCAGCAGGUUCUUCUCUCCGCCUUAGCAGGGCGCGAGGUGUCUGCUGUGUAGCGCCGAGCCUGUGGACGCCGCCGCUUGAUAUGCAUUGCCGAGCUUUGUGUUUGGGUCAGGCCCUGGAUAAGAGGAAGGCGCUGGUUACUUGUUCGAAUACCCUCGGCUGGCAUGGCGACUUUCUGGCUACUUUGGUAUUUUAUAGACCAGCGCAUUCCCCACGUGGACUUU